AUGAAAGUCUCAGGUUCAUCUGACAAGCCAGCAUACUAUAAUUUACUAUCUGAUACUGAUAAAAUGACAUAUGAUCGCAUCAGGCAGGCCAUUACAGCUCCUUCAAAUAAGAAUAAGAAAAAUAAAAGAGCAGAUGAAUUCCGGGAGAUUCUUGAAGCCAUUGAAUUGUAUGAAAAUCAUGAUCAAGCUGAUAAAUGGAAGAGAUGCCUCGUUUGCGGCGUCUUCAUUUUCGAUAAAGGUAUUGCUAUUAAAAUAUCAGCACUAAAACAGUUAAUUUACAAGUGCAAGUCAUCAAUAAAUGGCUCACUUAAAGCUAUUGGUUACCCUAACGUUGAUUACAAAUCAAGCAUGUGUGAUGAGCUAUUAAAUGGCAUUCCGUUUCUCCGUGGCAAUCUUGUCGAACUUCGACAAUGGACUGUAAGAUUUAGAGAUAGAAAUACACCAACUUCUCUUUCAAUUGAUAAUCUACAACAAUAUAUUUCACCUCCAAGCAAUACAUUACAAGAAAAAAAUGAAGAUAUAAAUGGAAUUAAUAUUGACAUUGUGAUUAAUGAGAAUUCCUCGAAUUCAUCAAACAAUCAUGAUAGCUGGCUUCUUGAACAACCUAAUUAUUAUAACGAAGAUGUUUUUGAUGACUUCGAUAUAUAG